GCACAUGCGCCUGCACUUGCAUGGUUGAAGCUGCGCGUAGGAAUUAUGCGAUCGCCGUGGCCAAUGCGGUCCACACGUGGUGGUACUGUACUGUAGUUUAGCGUUAUCCAGUCACGUGGGUCAAAAAGGCCUUUAGGUGCUGCGACUUGCGAACAGUGUGCAGGCAUCUGAAGCUUCAGAACGCAGACUGCACUUCUUGCCUGUUAUAGGUGUCGUUCUUCUUGGAGUGGACCUUCUUCUUAGUCUUUGGAUAUUGAAUUCGAUGACGACAGGACCUCCAAAGCCCGUUUCUAGGGCAAAAAACAUCAGUUCUUCCACCAAAAGAAAAUGUUCACGCGUUAUUCCACUGGCGGCAAAGGACACCAAGUCUGCUGGAAUGGAUGAUUUGAUGACAACCAUCGGAGAGCCACGUAGUUACAAGAUCCAGGUUUACGACACUCGAAAACACUUGACGAAAAAAACUAACACCUUUAGACGCAUCCUGCAGCAUUCAAAGGGUGGCCCAAAUCCCCGAGCUGACGUCCAGUGUGGCAAUAACUGCACCAUUGAGAUUACUAUUGCUGACGAUAAAAAUAACUUCACAGGAAUGGACGCUGUCCUCUUUCAUUUUUACAUGGAGUUAGUUCCACUUCAUAUACCCCCUGCAGACAUGAACCCUGAACAGACGUGGGUGUAUUGCUCGUGGGAACCACCGCACAGAACCGCCGCACCGAUCGGUCACCAACCAAAACUAACGGGCUUAGCAGCCAACGUUGAGUGGACCUACCAUCGAGCAUCCGAUAUCACGACUCCAUUCGGAUUCUACCGGCCCGGGAUACCCACGGUAAAUAGAACAAAGACGGCCGAUGAAUGGCUACAAGGAAAGACAAAGUUGGCCAUCUGGAUUGGAAGCAAUUGCAAAACUACAGCCUGGCCAAGACUACGCUUUGUCCGAAAGCUCAAGAAUUACAUCCAAAUCGACAUGUACGGAGGGUGUGGAAAGCUCAAAUGCCUACCAAGAAUGUCGCCCAAAUGCGCUGUGGACCUGGUGCGAAAGUACAAGUUCUAUUUAGCCUUGGAGAACUCUGAAUGCGAAGAGUACAUCACAGAGAAAGUUUGGGACAAAACUCUCCUUCGAGGAGUUGUUCCCGUCGUUUAUGGUGCCAGACGGAGAGACUAUGAAGUGUUGCUCCCUCCCAAUUCAUUUAUUUACAUUGGGGACUAUAAGAAUAUCAAAGAACUGGCGGAUUACUUGAAACUGUUGGACGCUCGCCCCGACUUGUAUGCCAAGUACUUCGAAUGGCAAUACAGUGGGACCGCCGUUACAACUGAAAUAUUUUACGGGAUUUUCGACCUGACAAGGUUUUGCCAUCUUGUGCCGAUCAUUGAAAGAGUUCGGAGAGGCGAGUUGAAACGAACACAAGUUUUGUCGCGAGAUUAUGUUCAAACGUGUCGACAGAAGUCACUCUCCAAUGUGGAAAUCUUGGAUACGUGGUAACUAAGAACACCGAGUUGAGAUUAGGUCGAAACAUAAGCAAAGGCUCCUCAAUUUAUUUCAAUCCGACGUUAUCACAAAAUGCAAGUAAACGUAGUGAAAAUAAAACGUGGGGCCGAGGCAGGAGAUCUCUCUCUCCCUUCGGCAACGCGUUGGAUUCUAAACUAUGGUUGAUCAUCAAUACAAAAGCGAAAGAACGGUUCACAGAGUACAUUUCGUUUGAAGUAUAUCCAAACACAACAUAAAUAUUACUACUACCCACUAAAUUUAAAGAUAAUAUGGCCCUGUUAAAAGGGUGGAAGGAAAUACCGAUGGAACCCAACACCAGCCACAUGUUCACAUGUUACAUUAUUUGUCUAACUCAAAAAUAUCGGUCCAAGUAUGUAUAAUAAUAUGAGCCUCGUGCUGAACCACGAGAGGGCGCAAUUUUCCUAGCAACGCAGGCUCCAUUGGUCGGAACUGC